AUGGCUGCACGAAAGGCUUACGUCGUCGGCGUCGGCAUGACUGCCUUCACCAAGCCCGGCGACAAGGACUACCCCGCCCUGGGCCUCGAGGGUGCGGUCAAGGCUCUGAUUGACGCCGGCAUCACGUACGACUCGGUCGACUACGCCACCGCGGGCUACGUCUACGGCGACUCGACGUGCGGGCAGCGCGUCCUCUACCAGCUCGGCAUGACGGGCAUCCCGAUUGUCAACGUCAACAACAACUGCUCGACGGGCUCGAGCGCCUUUGCCCUCGCCGCCAACGCCGUCCUGGCGGGCCAGGCCGAGUGCGCGCUCGCCGUCGGCUUUGAAAAGAUGGCGCCCGGUUCGCUCAGCUCGGCCUUUACCGACCGCGCCGCGCCCAUGGAGGGCACCAUGUCGCAGCUGUUUGAGAUCGAGGGCGACAAGGAGUACGAGGUCGAGGACUUUGGCCCCUUUGCCGCGCGCAUCUUUGGCGCCGCCGGCCUCGAGUACUGCGAGCGCCACGGCGCCACCUGGGAGCACAUUGCCGAGAUCGCCGCCAAGAACCACCGCCACUCGGUCAAGAACCCCUACGCCCAGUUCCGCGUCGCUCCUUCGGCCGCCGACGUGCUCAAGGCGCGCAAGAUCACGCGCGAGGUGACGCUGCCCAUGUGCAGCCCCACCUCGGACGGAGGCGCCGCCGCCGUAGUCGUCUCCGAGGACUUUGUCCGCAAGCACGGCCUCGAGGACCGCGCCAUUGAGCUGGCGGGCAUGGGCAUCGCCACCGACUCGAUCCGCCUCUACGAGGACCGCUCGCGCAUCGAGCUCGCCGGCGCCGACAUGUCGCGCCGCGCCGCCCAGGCCGCCUACAAGCAGGCCGGCGUCGGCCCGCAGGACAUCCAGGUGCUCGAGCUGCACGACUGCUUUGCGCCCAACGAGCUCGUCACCUACCCGGCGCUCGGCCUGUGCGCCGAGGGCGAGGCGCACAAGCUCGUCGAGCAGAAGCUCAACACGUACAACGACGGCGGCAAGGGCUGGGUCGUCAACCCGUCGGGCGGCCUCGAGUCCAAGGGCCACCCGCUCGGCGCCACGGGCCUGGGCAUGAUCAAGUACAUGGUCGACCAGCUGCGCGGCGACGCCGGCGCCCUCCAGGUCAAGAACGUCCAGCACGCCCUCACCCACAACAUCGGCCUCGGCGGCAGCUGCGUCGUCACCAUCCUCAGGCGCCCCUCGUUCUUCAAGGCCGGCGCCUCGAACUCGGCCAAGCGCUUCGGCUACAACGCCGGCGACCAGGUCAAGACCAUCACCGAGGAGGACCUCAACAAGGUCAAGAGCAAGCAGUACAGCGACUACCUGCCCGCCGACCUCUGA